AUGGCUGAAGAACCAGUCGACCCAGCAUUUGACCAUGCACUCGCCCUGUCACUCGACGCGACAGAACGAUGGGAUAAUGCCGGAUUAAACCAAGUUGACAACACCCUCCUUGACAAUCUCUCGACCAUAGGAGAAUCACCGGACGGCGACACCCAAAUCGAAGGAAACCUGGGUACCCUUGAGAAACUUCCCCAUGGAGUGCUUUGGUCCGUGCUUGCCCAGCUUGACGUGUGCACCGUUAGAACAUUUCGACGUGUCAAUCGACAAGCCCAAGAGCUUGUGGAUGCUCUCACUCACUACAAUACCAUCAACACUCAUGCACCCCAUGUGAUUCCUGCUAUUCUAAGUAUCGAAGCAGGCCGGUGGAUCUCUUGUGGAGAUCUCUGGAAAGCUUUCUGUACUGCCACAUGUGAGGAAUGUGGGAGGUUUGCAAACUUUCUUUACAUCCCUACAUGCAAGAAGGUCUGCUUCUACUGCUUCACCGGAGGAAGAACAAUCGCUGUACCCUUUUUGUAUGAGGAUGCCAGAGAGAUGUUCGGAGUCACCGAUGACAUCCUUCAGACGUUGCCUAACAUGCUCAGUAUCCCAGGUACAUACGGGCCAGACGAUUUCAAAACUGACGAACGGUUUCCCCUGGUGGAUAGGCUCUCUGCUUACUUCGCAGGUAUCGAACGACACGGCUCCCGCUUCGACAUGGAGAGAUAUGCGUCCGAGAAGCUGUUCGACAAGAGAUCACAAGCAUGGGAAGAGGCGGGGAAGCAAAGACGUCGGCCGAGACUUCAAGAUUAUUGGGAUGAAGAGGAGAAAAAUAUCUGGAGUGAAGAACCAAACACUGGGUUCCGUUUCAUGGCAGUGGUUCACCUCGCGCCAUUCAAUAGACUCACUCAAGAGUUCGAGUUGGGCUUUAGCUGUGUAGCUUGUCUUGGCUCCUGCGAACGACAUACAGUGGCGUCGUUUCGUGAACACAUCAACCAAUAUGGAAACAUCCAAGAAGGAGACCCGGAUUCAUGGCCUAGGGCAUACCACGUUUUACCCAUGUAA